AUGGUACAGAAGACAAGUAACGUGGAGAGCUCCGAGGCGGUGUUCGCGGGAGAGUCGUCCGAUUCCGGAGCUAUGGAUCUGGACAUGGCUUCCUCCCCGAGCCCCGGCUCCACGGCUUCUUCCGCGGGGGAUAGUAAACUGAACCCCGCUUGGUGCAAAACACCCACGGGUCACAUCAAGCGGCCGAUGAACGCUUUCAUGGUGUGGUCACAGAUUGAAAGGCGUAAAAUUAUGGAGCAGUCGCCGGACAUGCAUAACGCGGAGAUAUCCAAGAGACUGGGCAAACGCUGGAAGCUGCUGAAAGACUGCGACAAGAUCCCCUUCAUACGAGAGGCGGAGCGGCUCAGACUCAAGCACAUGGCGGACUACCCGGACUACAAGUACCGGCCCAGAAAGAAGGUAAAGUCCAGCAGCUCCAAACCGGGCGAGAAGGAGGGAAAGAUCAACGGUAGCAACUGUAACACCAGCAUGAAACCAUCUUCUAAAAAGAGUGGCUCAAAAUCAUCCAGCAAACCUCAUAAAAUAGUUUUUGGGAACAGCACCAAAACACCAUCAUACCCAGAACAAGUUAUCGGCACAGAUCACCAUUCUCUUUACAAAUCCAAGUCUGUUUCUGCUGCCAAACAAAUACCGGACAAGAAGAAGCGGGUUUAUGUGUUCGGGGGCGGCAGCCUGAGCCACAGUGUGAGCCCGUCUUCAGCAGCGGUGCCCGCCAGCCCUACGCUCAGCAGCUCCGCGGAAUCCAGCGAACCCCUCAGCCUGUACGAGGACGCCGCAGCCAGCAGCAGGGAGGGCGGCGAGUCUCCCUCCAGCGCCUCGGAAGACUACACCAGCAUGCGGGCGUCGUCCCCUACUCCCUCCGCUUCUCACUCCUCGUCCUCCUCCCAAUCCUCUUCAUCGGACGAGGAGUUUGAGGAUGAUCUACUGGACAUUAACCCUAGCCCUGGUUUUGACAGCAUGUCGCUGGGAAGCUUUGGGUCCUCGGUUUUGGACAGAGACUUGGAUUUUAAUUUCGAGUCGGGUUCCGGUUCUCACUUUGAGUUUCCCGACUACUGCACCCCAGAGGUGAGCGAGAUGAUUUCAGGAGACUGGCUAGAGUCGACCAUUUCUAAUUUGGUGUUCACGUAUUGA